AUGAGAGAGACCCCAGCAGGCAGGAUGAAGGGCACCCAAAACCCUGUGGGUCAGGGCAGCAGAGACAUAGACCCCAACAGGAUAACCUCAGACUUGAAGGAAGUCCUAGAUUCUCUGGGUGUGGGUCAGCUCAAGGACUUGGCAACCCUGGUUGCAGAGGAGCCACUGUCGGAUGCUCAAGUUGAAGCUUUCCAGGCUGUCUUUAAGCUGUUUGCCACCGAUAGUCAUGGCUGCAUCGACGUAGUGGGUCUCUCUUCCCUAUUGGACACAGUAAACAUGAGACUCAGCCCCGAGCAGACUGAGGCUGCCCUACAUAGGGCCGACUAUGACGGAGAUGGUGAGGUAGGUUUUCAAGACUUUCUGUGUGUGAUGACAGACAGUCAGAAGUUCGCCAGGUGUAUAACUGUAGCAGAGUCCCCUGACCCAUCUCAGAGUGUGGAUCAGUCAGACUCUGUAUUCUACAAAGCCUUGAAUCAGAUGCUGAAUGCGGGCCUCAUUCCCAGCAGUGCCACUGGGGAGAUAGUUCGGUAUUACCAUAAGAAGUCGCUGCGUCAUGUGUUGCGGGUGGCGCCGCAUCAGGACAAGAGCAGGGGUCACGUGAUCACCUACUACGCCAAGGCGGCCCAUCUGGUGGGCCUGCAGCCCAAGCAGCUGAUGAAGUACAUCAAACCCAAUGCUCCCAGUACCAGCCCAUACUCUAAGCGGCCCAGCCUGAACGUCAAGUCAAAGGUCAUGGUGGGCAAGCGGGUGGCGACACAGGGAAGUGUCCCCUCUGCCAAGACCUGGAAGACCGUGGAGAUCGAGGAGCGCAUCAGACAGUUAUCAAUCAAGUACCCAGGAAAGGAGACUAAGGACAUGAUCACUCCGAUCAAGAUCAAGGUGGACCUGCGAGUGAAGGACAGAGAACGUCUCACCUAUGACAACAUCAACCAAAUACGCAUCAAGUCCAAGGAGGGCUUGAACACCUACCUGGAGACGCUGAGCCAGUAUAAGCAGCGGGAUUCCUGGGACUCUUGGGGCUCGCUGCAGAGCUACCACAACUCUCUGGGCCACAAUGCCUUCUCUGACACAUUCUCCACCUACAGCUGGAGCUGGAGUGGCUGCCGCAACAUGCUGCAGCCCUGCGACCUGCUGGAAGAGAGGCACAACUUGCCUCUGCUGCCAAACCAGUAUUAG